UCAUUAUGAAAUUAUAAUGGAAGAAUGUUAUUAUAGAAUAGAAUUUAACGGUCUUCAAAAAGCUUAUAAUAGACGCGUAACGAAAACCGUUAUAAAAGUCCGGAGUUUAGCGAUAGUAGUUACACAAAUUAUUUAUGUCAGACAAAUGGGAGGUUUAAAUAGCUAA